AUGGCGCCCGCCCCCCAGGAACCCGCUGCUCCGUCGCGGCAGGAGACAUUGGCCAGCAAUGCUAGCGACGAAGCCGUCCCCGACACGGACCCGAGCACCACUGCCGGACUGCUCACCCAGAGGCUGCAGGCGUGGAAGCAUGCCGUCGUCUACCUCGAGGAGUACAUGGAGGCCGUCGAGAAGAUCCACCGGGCACAGGCGAAGGAGUAUGAGAAGGUGUUAAAAACCAUCUCGAAGCCCCUUAGGGAGGGGCAGCACUUCGACCAGAGCCUCGGCGGCGUCGCCGGCUUCUUCGAGAAUAUGCGCGUCAACACGCAGGCCCUCAUCAACACCAACCUCGAAACCGAGAAGAACAUCAAGGGCUCGGCCCUCCCGGUCAUCGAACGCUUGCAUAAGGAAAUCAAGCACAAGGCCAAGGAGCUAGCCCACGGCGCCGAGAAGAGCGCCAAAGAAGUCGAGAGGGCCCGCAACACCACCCAGAAGCACAUCGAGCUCCUCGGCCAGCACACGGCGUCGUUUGAAUCUACGGGCGGCAAACACCACCCAACCGAAGACCCCUACGUCCUCUCGCGCGGCGUACUUCACCGCCUCCACAAGCAAGUCCUGGAGGAGAACAACCAGCACAACGACCUGGUAGCCGUGCAGGCCAACUUCGAGGCCUUCGAGCGCCACAUCAUCCAAGUCAUCCACCAGGCGAUGGAAACUUUCACCCAGCUCACCGGCGGGCAAGCCCUGAAGGUGCAGGCCCUGCACGCCGACAUGCUCGGCGCAGCCCAGCGAAUCCCGCCCGACUUCGAGUGGAAAGCCUUCCUUCGCCGGUCCUCCGCCCUCCUCGCCAACCCGUCCGAACCCCCGCGCACUGUCGACGCCAUCACCUUCCCCAACAUGUCCCACCCCUCCACCAAGCCGCUCAUCGAGGGUUCGCUCGAGCGCAAGAGCCGCAACAAGCUGUCGUGGGGCUACCUGACGGGCUACUACGUCGUGACGCCGUCCAAGUUCCUGCACGAGUUCAAGGACGACGACAACCUCCGCCGGGACCCGACUCCCGAGCUGAGCAUCUACCUCCCCGACGCUGUGAUCGGCGCGCCGCACGGCGACAAGUUCAACGUCAAGGGCAAGGAUCGGUCCGGACACAUGGGUGGCAAGCUGGCGGGGAGCACCGAGUUGGCGUUCAAGGCGCACUCGCCGGCGGAAGCCGAGAAGUGGUUUGAGGUGAUACGGCGCGUGGCAGGGUCCUCGGGACAGGUGACAUCGCCGGUGGCGUCGAGCCCCGCGAGUGAGGUUUGCAAUCCCGUUGAUGCUGCUGUUGCUGGCGCGGCGGAGAAGUCUAAGCCCCUCGUGGCGGUGCCGGCGCCUGCCGCAGCUCAGGAGGCGGGGAUCAUUACCGGGGGUGAGACGGUCGCUAGCCCGGUGGCUGCUUCUGCGGCUACUAGUGUGGCGGCUACGCCUGUGACGACGACAGGUGGUGGGUCGAUGGAUAAGAAGGGGAGCGCGGAUGGCGCGACUGCGGCCGCGGCGGGGGAGAAGGCUGCUGAUGUGAAGGUCUGA